UAAAAAAAAUAAAAUAAAGGAUAAAAAUAAAGGAAUAAUGUGAGGGGUAAAAAUCUUGGGAGUGAGUCCUCCUCACUGCUGCUGCUGAAUAGACGAUCUUUGUCCGGUGUCACCAGCAGCGCAGACAACCGGAGAACCGGAGAACUGGAGACUCCACACCGGCAGGAUGGGCAAGAAACAGAAGAAAUCCGGAGAGGACAGUGCCAAAGAUGACAGCAUUGACAUCGAUGCUCUGGCUGCAGAGAUCGAAGGAGCCGGAGCCUCAAAGGAGCCGAAAGGGAAGAAGAAGAAGAAAGGAGCCAAGAAGGACGACUACGAUGAGGACGACAUCCUGAAGGAGUUGGAGGAGCUUUCUAUCGAGGCGCAUGGAGGCAAAGCAAAGAAAUCAGACGGCGCCGAGGAACAGGAGGUCGCCGAGCCUCCCAAACCCGAGAAGAAGAAGACGAGGAAGGGGAAGAAGGGAGGAGCCAGCCCCGAGGAAGAGGAGGGAGAGGAGGAAGGAGACGCACAGCUGGACGGAGAGAAAGAGAAGAAGAAGGCGCCUCCUGCUGCGCCUCCCUCUGACUCCGACGAGGAGAGCACAUCACGCUCCCGCCUGAAGAACAAAGGAGCAAAGAAAGGAGGCAAGAAACCAUCAGUCUCCAACGAUGAGGAGGAGCAGGAGGAGGAUGAAGGCCUGACGAAAACAGCAGCAGCAGGAGGAGGAGGAGGAGGAGGAGGUGAAGCAGCGAAGGAGGACGAGUCGGACGAGGACGAUGAGUUCAGCUCCAGGCGAGACAAGAAGAAGAAGAACAAAGGCAAGGCGGCGAAGGGGGAGAGCGAUGAUGAGGAGGAGCAGGAGGAGGAAGGAGGCUUCAAGAUGAAGACGGCGGCGCAGAAGAAGGCGGAGAAGAAGGAGCGCGACAAGAAGAAGAAGGAGGAGGAGAGGAUGAAGCAGAAGAAGCUGAAGGAGAAGGAGACCAGCACGGAGGUGAAGAAGGAGCCAGCGGCGGCCGCGGAGGAGGAGGAGGAGGAGGCGAAGACAGAGGCGCCGUCGUCAACGGCAACGGUGGCAGAGGAACCGGAAGGGGCGGAGCCAGCAGCCGAGGGGGAGGCCGAGGGCGACAAGAAGAAGAAAGACAAGAAGAAGAAGAAGGGAGAGAAGGAGAAGGAAGAGAAGGAGAAGGAUAAGAAGAAGGGACCCAGCAAAGCCACAGUGAAAGCCAUGCAGGAGGCGCUCGCCAAGAUGAAGGAGGAGGAGGAGCAAGCCAGGAGGGAGGAGGAGGAGCUGCUGGUGAGGAUGGAGGAGAUGGAGAAGCAGCGGCUGGAGCAGGAGCGUCUGGAGCAGGAGAGGAAGGAGAAGAAGAAGCAGAAGGAAAAAGAGAGGAAGGAGCGCCUGAAGAAGGAGGGAAAGCUCCUCACUAAGACUCAGAGGGAGGCGCGAGCUCGGGCCGAAGCCACGCUCAAGCUGCUGCAGGCUCAGGGUGUUGAGGUGCCAUCCAAAGACUCAAUGCCAAAGAAGAAACCGUUUUACGGAGACAAGAGGAAGAAGAAGCCCACCACCCAAACUCCUGAAGAAACAUCAGAGGUGGCCUCGCCGAUGUCGGAGACGCCAGAGCCCGUUGCCAUGGAGACAGAGGCGGCACAGACGCCGGCCGCAGAGCCAGAGGAGAAGCCAGACGUUGCCGUUGACGACUGGGAGGUGAUCGCCGAGGCGAUAGCCGAGGAGAAAGAGUUAAAGAAAGUCCACAUCGAGGUGAAGGAGGAGCCGUCCGCGCCUCCUCAGCCCGCCGGCAGCGAUGAGGAGGAAGAGGAGGAGGACGAAGAGGACGACGACGAGGAAGACGACGAGGAAAGCGAGGAAGGAGAGGAGGACGAGAAGGAGGCGACGUCGGCGGGCGCGGGGAAGAGGAAGGCGGCGAAGGAGAGCGAGGACGAGAGCAGCGAGAGCGACGAUGACGACGGCAGGACGAAGGAGGAGCGGCUGUACGACCGAGCCAAGAGGAGGAUAGAGAAACGGAAAGCGGAGAACCUGAAGAACAUCGACUACGACCGACUGAGAUCGCCGGUGGUUUGUGUGCUCGGACACGUCGACACGGGAAAGACCAAGAUCCUCGAUAAGCUGCGACACACGAACGUCCAGGACGGCGAGGCCGGAGGAAUCACGCAACAGAUCGGAGCCACGAACGUCCCGAAAGAGACGAUUGUGGAGCAAGCGAGGAUGGUGAAAAACUUUGAUAAAGAAACCAUAAAGAUUCCCGGCAUGUUGAUCAUCGACACUCCCGGUCACGAAUCCUUCAGUAACCUGAGGAACAGAGGCAGCUCCCUGUGUGACAUCGCCAUCCUGGUGGUCGACAUCAUGCACGGUUUGGAGCCGCAGACGCUCGAAUCCAUCAACCUGCUGAAGGAGAAGAAAUGUCCGUUCAUCGUCGCUCUCAACAAGAUCGAUCGUUUGUACGACUGGAAGAGGAGUCCGGAGACGGACGUCGUCACGACGCUGAAGAAGCAGAAGAAGAACACGAAGGACGAGUUUGACGAGAGAGCGAAAGCCGUCAUCGUGGAGUUCGCUCAGCAGGGUCUGAACGCCGCCCUCUUCCACGAGAACAAAGACCCGCGGACCUUCGUGUCGCUGGUUCCGACCUCGGCCCACAGCGGGGACGGGAUGGGAAACCUCAUCGCUCUGCUCAUCGAGCUCACGCAGACGCUGCUCGCUAAGAGGCUCGCUCACUGCGACGAGCUCAGAGCCCAAGUCAUGGAGGUGAAAGCUCUGCCAGGAAUGGGAACCACGAUAGACGUGAUCCUGAUUAACGGAGUUCUUCGUGAAGGAGAAACGAUCAUCGUACCAGGAGUAGAAGGACCAAUAGUAACGCAGAUCAGAGGCCUCCUGCUGCCUCCUCCUCUGAAGGAGCUCAGAGUCAAGAAUCAAUACGAGAAGCACAAAGAAGUGUCGACGGCUCAGGGAGUAAAGAUUCUGGGGAAAGAUCUGGAGAAAACGCUGGCGGGUCUUCCUCUGCUGGUAGCUCACAAAGACGAUGAAGUCGCCGUCCUCAGGGAUGAUUUGAUCCGAGAACUCAAACAAACUCUGAACUCCAUCAAACUGGAAGAGAAAGGAGUUUAUGUUCAGGCCUCAACGCUGGGAUCCCUGGAGGCUCUGCUGGAGUUCCUCCGCACAUCUAAAGUACCCUACGCUGGUAUCAACAUCGGUCCGGUUCAUAAGAAGGAUGUGAUGAAAGCGUCGACUAUGCUGGAACACGACAUGCAGUACGCGGUGAUCCUGGCGUUCGACGUGAAGGUGGAGAGAGAGAGUCAGGAGAUGGCCGACAGUCUGGGCGUCCGCAUCUUCUCGGCUGAGAUCAUUUAUCAUCUGUUUGAUGCUUUCACUAAAUUCAGAGAAGACUACAAGAAGGCCAAGCAGGACGAGUUCAAACACAUUGCGGUUUUCCCGGUGAAGCUUCGCGUGCUUCCUCAGUUCAUCUUUAACUCCAGAGAUCCCAUCGUCAUCGGCGUUAACGUGGACUCCGGCGUCCUGCAUCAGGGAACGCCGCUCUGCGUCCCCGGCAAAGGGUUCGUGGACAUCGGCAUCGUAACCAGCAUCGAGGUGAAUCACAAGUCGGUGGAAAGCGCCAAGAAAGGCCAAGAGAUCUGCAUCAAGAUCGAGCCGAUUCCCGGAGAGUCGCCCAAGAUGUACGGACGCCACUUUGAAGCCACCGACGUCAUCGUCAGCAAGAUCACUCGCGCCUCCAUCGACGCUCUGAAGAACUGGUUCAGAGACGAGAUGACGAAGACCGACUGGCAGCUGAUCAUGGAGCUGAAGAAAACCUUCGAGAUCAUCUGAGGACGGAAAUCAAGACGCGGACGACAAACAACGACAAAGAGAAACGAUGAGAAACGACGGCAAAGAAAAACCAACAAACAAAGGGACAAAAAAAUUACAAAAAAAAAACGAAUAAAGACGUGAAAGUGUUUUUCUGUGAGAAACGAACAGUUUUUUCCACUGUUGUUAACAGUGAUAGCUUAGAACACACACACACACACACACACACACACACACACACACACACACACACACACACACACACAGUAUUCCAACGUGCCUGUUUCUUCAGCUACAACGUUGUUAUUACUCUUUCUUCUUGUUCUCCGCUCUGAUUUGUGGCUGCUGCUUCGUCCCCCCUCCUCCUCCUCCUCUUCCUCCUCCUCCUCCACCUCCCUAACUCGCCCAGGUGCAUUGUGGGAUUAUAUUUAAAGAACAGCAACACCACUUUUUGGAAGGAAGAGAGUUUUCUUUUCACCAAACACCAAAAUCAUUGAGGCCUGAAAAGACUUUGAGGAGACGACUCAGCGUUGAUGGUUUUUUGCGUUGGUGCAGUUUGUCGGCCAUGUUGGAGGUCGGCGUGGCGACGGGAGAGAGAAUGG